AUGUGGUCCAGUCUCCUCCUCAUAGGAGGCGUGUCUUUGAGCAUAGCCAACCCAAUUGUUCGACAAGAAGCCAAUCCUCCCUACCGAAACAAGACUCUAUGUCUUGACAAGCGUGUCGAUGACCUCAUGUCACGCAUGUCCCUUGAGGAUAAGGCAGGCCAGAUGUUCCACGGCCGUACCGUGGUGGUCAACAACACUUUUGAUGAGACCAUUGAGGAGUUUGUCACAGGCAAGCGCAUCACUCACUACGUUCUCAGCGGGGGUGUCAAUGAUGUUCGAGGUGUUGCAAAUUGGUAUAAUAAGCUACAGAGGCUGGCGAUGAGUACACCCCUUGGUAUCCCCAGUGAGUACUACUGCGUUGUGACUCCAUCAACUCCUAAGCAUACUGACGACUUGUUAGUCACAAUUAGCAGUGACCCACAACACGGCUGGACAGACGAGAAUGCUGUUUCGGUUGUAGCACAGGGCUUCUCCCGCUGGACUGAGCCUCUUGGUCUCGCUGCGCUGCGAUCACCAGAGCUGGUCCGUCAGUUCGCUGAGAUCGCACGUGAGGAGUACGUCGCUGUUGGUAUCCGACAGGCACUGCAUCCUCAAGUCGAUCUAGCUACUGAGCCACGUUGGGGACGUAUCACCGGUACCAUGGGAGAAGAUGCCAACCUCACCAGUGCCUUGAUGGUUGAAUACAUCAAGGGUCUCCAGGGUGACAAGAUCGGCCCCAACUCGGUCAUCGCGACCACUAAGCAUUUCCCCGGCGGUGGUCCAAUGGAGGAUGGAGAGGACUCUCACUUUGAAUGGGGCAAGAACCAGACUUACCCUGGCGAUAACCGAGACUACCACUUGAUCCCCUUCAAGGCCGCCAUCGCAGCUGGUACCCGUCAAAUGAUGCCCUACUACUCCCGUCCCAUCAACACCUCAUGGGAAGAAGUCGCCUUUGGCUUCAACAAGGGCGUCGUUAACGAUCUCCUCAAGAAAGAGCUCGGCUUCGACGGUAUUGUCGUCACCGACUGGGGUAUCGUCACCACCCGAUUCUGGGGUCUCGAAGACCAAACCGAGCUUGAGCGCGCUCGUCGCGUUCUCGAAGCUGGAUGCGAUAUCUUUGGUGGCGAGACCAAGCCCGAGCUUAUCAUCGAGCUCGUCAACAAGGGUCUCAUCUCAGAAGCCCGCAUUGACGAGUCUGUUCGUAAGCUUUUGAAGGAGAAGUUUGAGUUGGGUCUUUUCGAUAAUCCCUUCGUUGAUGUCGACAAGGCUGAGCGCAUUGCUGGAAACGACUACUUCAGCCGUCUUGGAAACGAGACGCAGCGUCGUGCAUUCACUCUUCUCACCAACAAGGAUGAUGUCCUACCUCUUCCUCUGUCCGCUCUCAACGCCAAGUUCUACAUCGAGGGAAUUGAGCCCGAGGUCAUGGAAUCCCGCAAUCUCAGCGUCGUCGAGAACCCAGAGGACGCAGACUACGCAUUCCUGCGCUUGGCUUCACCUUUCAAGCCCACCACAGCGCCCGGUCUUCCUGCCAUGAUCAACAACGGCAGUCUCGAGUUCAACACGACUGAAAAGGCUCGCCAGGCCAAGAUCUACGCGACACUGCCAACUGUCGUUGACAUCAGACUCAACCGACCUGCCGCAGUUCCUGAAGUCGCUGAGCAGGCUGUUGCGCUGUUCGGUAGCUACGGCAGCAGCCACGAUGCAUUCUUGGAUGUUGUCUUUGGAACAGAUGGUUGGGGGCCUGAGGGGAGACUGCCUUUUGAUCUGCCCGUGUCUCAGGAGGCUGCUGAUGCGCAGAAAGAGGACGUGCCGUUUGAUGUGGAGGCGUUGUUUAAGUUUGGCCAUGGAUUGAGGUAUAAGGAUACGUGUGAUAGUACAUAG